CCCUACGGGCGCGCCGUGGUAGCGCCCACAAUGUAUCUAGCGGCAACGUUCGGGAGGGAGUCGGUGAAGGAUCGACCAUGGCGGCGGCGGAGGUGGCUCGGCAGUCGACGGAAGGUGCCCGGAACCUGUCACUCUCUGGUCAUGUUGGCUUUGACAGUAUGCCAGACCAGUUAGUCAACAAGUCGGUAUGUCAGGGUUUCUGCUUCAACAUCUUGUGUGUGGGUGAAACUGGUCUUGGAAAGUCCACCUUGAUGGAUACCCUGUUCAACACCAAGUUCGAAGGUGAUCCUGCCCCACACAAUCAGCCUGGAGUUCACAUAAAGUCCAGUAGCUACGAACUGCAGGAAAGCAAUGUGCGACUGAAGCUCUCCAUCGUGAACAGCGUGGGAUUUGGGGACCAGAUUAACAAGGAAGAAAGCUACAAGUCUAUCGUUGAGUUUAUUGACGCUCAGUUCGAGGCCUACCUACAGGAGGAGCUGAAGAUUAAACGUACUCUACACAGUUACCAUGACAGCCGUGUCCACGUCUGCCUGUACUUCAUUGCCCCCACUGGCCAUUCCCUCAAGUCGCUUGAUUUGGUGACCAUGAAGAAACUGGAUAGCAAGGUCAACAUCAUUCCAAUCAUUGCCAAAGCAGAUUCAAUCUCCAAAACCGAGCUCCAGAAAUUCAAGAUCAAAAUAAUGAGUGAACUGGUCAGCAACGGUGUUCAGAUCUAUCAGUUCCCCACAGACGAUGAGACGGUGGCAGAGAUCAAUGGAACCAUGAACGCGCAUUUGCCUUUUGCUGUCGUUGGAAGUACAGAGGAGGUUAAGAUUGGGAACAAGAUGAUGAAGGCGCGACAGUACCCCUGGGGCACCGUGCAGGUGGAGAAUGAAAAUCACUGUGACUUUGUAAAACUGCGGGAGAUGCUCAUUCGCGUCAACAUGGAGGACCUUCGGGAGCAGACGCACGCCCGCCACUAUGAGCUGUAUCGGCGCUGCAAGCUGGAGGAGAUGGGAUUUAAGGACACGGACCCUGAUAACAAGCCCUUCAGUCUGCAGGAAACAUAUGAAGCGAAGAGAAACGAGUUUCUCGGAGAGCUGCAGAAGAAGGAGGAGGAGAUGAGACAAAUGUUUGUUACGAGAGUGAAGGAGAAGGAAUCCGAACUGAAGGAAGCAGAGAAAGAGUUGCAUGAUAAGUUUGAUCGUUUAAAAAAACUUCAUCAGGACGAGAAGAAAAAGUUAGAGGAUAAGAAGAAGAGCCUAGAUGAUGAGAUUAAUGCCUUUAAACAGAGAAAGACUGCAGCUGAGUUGCUUCAGUCACAAGCCCAGCAGUCCGGAAGCCAGCAGACUCUCAAGAGGGAGAAAGAGCGGAAAAAUUAACGCUGUUCACUGCAUGCUGCAUGAGACCCAUAACUUCUGUUCAGGCUUCCUGUAGAAUCCUUUCCUCAGCAAGUCGAGAAUGAACUCCCUUUUGUUUCCAAAUACGUUGCUGUGCUUGCCCCUCUCUCACUCCCCUCCCAGCCGCCACCUCUCCCUCCCUCCAUGCCGAACAUACAUGUUCAAGCUUGAUACUGUGCCUAUGCUGAAUGGAGGAAUCCAGCAAUAAAUAGUAUGGAGCUGUGAAAAGGACUCCCAGUUUACCACUUCAGUACUUGCAUGGUACCACACAAGCCGCCAGUGAGCAUCAGAGACUGUUCCUACUCACUAAUCCCAACAUAAGACCUUGUGGGGUUAAUGUGUAUUAGAUAACUCAGGAAGCUUAUGCAUGAAUCGUCAUCAUUUAUGUCUCAUCCCUUGUGCUACCUACUUGCUGCUCGUGUUUCCGGCUACUGAAACAUGUAACGACGGACUUAACAAAUCAUUGCUUUUGUUUCCCUUUAUGAAUUGACGUCAAAUGGAACUUGUUACAUUUUCAGCAUGUGACAAAAGGCAUGUUAUUGUGGGGUGGGGGAAAUAUGAAGUACAAUUCUGAGCAAAAUAAAGAUAUUGUUUACAGUCCCAGAAAGAGAAUGGAUCAAUUGAAAUGGUGCAAUAAAUUGAAGCUUACAGGAAACUCGUGUUUAUUAUGAACAGGAAAUAAAUAUUUUUUAAUUUUCCCCAAUUUUUGAAACCAGAUAUUUAUUUUUGUUAACUUUCAGUGUUUAAAACUUUACAUUGAAACUGUUUCUGUAUCUGUUCCUGGCUGUAUCUGAAGCAGUGCAUAGCACUGACGUAGGGUUUGUUCAUUUCUAUUUUAAUAGACACUGGAGGGAUUAGCUUGAGGGCAUUUUUUGUCAGAGCGCAUGCUUGUUUUUUAUAAGAUGACUUUUAUACCGCUUUAAUUGUCCUUCUGUUGUGAAGGCAUGCUAAUGUUGUGCUAAGAAACAGUUUGAACAGAAGUAGUCUUUAAAUGCAAAUAAAUGUGAAUUGAGUUGUAUGAAUUUCUCAGACUGGCGAUUCAUUUGUCUGUAUUUUGUAUACUCUUUCCUUACAGUAACCCUUGGCUCUGCACUGAAUAAUUAGAGGCCCUGAGUGAUUAUGGAACAUUAUUGCUUUACUCUGUUAAGCUGUGAUCAAUAUUAGACGGGGCAGUUUCAGAUAGCCGUACACUGCCUGUGGUCCAGGUGUUCGAAAUCCAAAAUCUGAAGUUUUUAUCUUUUCACGAGUAGAAAAGCUUGCAUCAUAUAGUUCAAACUAAGAGGCUUCUUUAAAGCAAAUGUAAAUGUGCAUGUUUUCUUUAGGCCCAUGUGACGAGCAUUAAGUACAUCAUAUUUGAGUGUUUUUGAAUAGGAAUAAUUUGCACUAUUUGGUUUGCAAAUGUGGAGAGGUUGAAAGUUUUAAACACUGUAUACCAAGACUUGCUGAAGUAUUUUUAAAUGCAAGACUUUGGGAUUACAUCUCUUCAGCUAUCCCAGUCAGACAGAACCCUGCUAUUUUCAGAGCUACAGAAUAACAUUUCUCUGACAGUUGUGCCAAAUUUGCACAGAUUUGUAAUUUUCACAGGAUUUUUUUUAUCCUUGUGUGCGACUCCACAGAAUGUUCUGGACGUUUAUGAUAUAUUAAGCUUAUUAAAAUCUGUUGCACCUCA